UCAGAAAACUCUGGUGUCAAGUGUUGUGUUUGUUUUUCUUGGAAGAAAAAAGGAUGAAUCUCAAUGCCACCGUUCCAUUACCGUCUAACCUAAUACCAGACUUUGCAAGCCCCGAAUGGAUGAACAAAGCCGACAAUGCGUGGCAACUGACGGCUGCAACAUUCGUGGGGAUGCAGAGUGUUCCGGGGCUCCUCAUUCUGUACGGAGGUGCGGUGAAGAAGAAAUGGGCAGUGAACUCAGCAUUCAUGGUGCUCUAUGCCUUUGCUUGUGUUCUCCUUUGCUGGGUUGGGUGGGGGUAUCGGAUGUCCUUCGGUGACAAACUCUUUCCUCUCUGGGGAAAAGCCAAUGUUGCACUGGACGAGAAGUAUUACUUCCAAAGAGCCUUUCUUGGGAUGAUCCCAAAUGUAACUAUGGUGUACUUCCAGUUUGUCUUUGCCGCUAUCACUUUGAUUCUCAUAGCAGGAGCACUGUUGGGGAGAAUGAAUUUCUAUGCGUGGAUGUUGUUCGUCCCACUUUGGCUGACAUUUUCUUACACCGUUGUAGCGUUCAGUAUAUGGUCCACUAAUGGAUAUUUCGCCGUCAAUGGAAUCAUUGAUUACUCUGGCGGGUAUGUCAUCCACUUGUCUUCGGGAGUUGCCGGUUUCACCGCAGCAUAUUGGGUUGGACCGAGACUGAACAAGGAUAGAGAAAGGUUCCCACCAAAUAACAUUCUCUUGAUGUUGGCAGGGGCUGGAAUGUUGUGGCUAGGUUGGACAGGAUUCAAUGGAGGAGACCCUUACGUUGUAAGCAUGGACGCUUCACUGGCCGUAUUGAACACUCAUAUUUGUACUGCCACUAGUUUACUUACAUGGCUCAUUCUUGACAUUGCAUUUUUUGGAAAACCCUCUGUCAUUGGUGCAGUCCAAGGAAUGAUCACAGGCUUGGUCUGCAUCACCCCAGCUGCUGGGGUCGUCCAAGGAUGGGCAGCCAUUAUCAUGGGCAUAUGUUCGGGCUCUAUCCCAUGGUUCACCAUGAUGGUUGUCCACAAAAAAUGGAAACUUCUCCAGAAGGUGGACGAUACCAUGGCAGUAUUGCACACUCACGCCGUCGCUGGAACCUUAGGGGGACUGCUGACUGGUAUCUUUGCGGAGCCGAAGCUCAACUUCUUAUUCUACGACAACUAUAACCAGUACAUGGGACUGUUCUAUGGUUUGCAUAUGGGAAAAGCCAAGGAAGGAUUCAGGCAAAUGGGGUGGCAAAUUUAUGGAAUAUUGUUCGUCGUUGUCCUAAACAUCAUCAUGACAAGCCUAAUUUGUUUAUUCGUGGGACUGAUCGUGCCUUUACGAAUGUCAGACGAGGAUUUGGAGAUCGGAGAUGAAGCAGCCCAUGGAGAAGAAGCUUACGCCAUUUGGGGUCAAGGUGAGAAAGAAGCGAGUGCUAACAACUACAAGUAUGGAGGUGGUCACAUUGAGAUGGCAUAAGAAUAGAUAA